AGCUCCGUUUCCAGCCGGAUGAUUACAGCGGAGGCACAAGUUGAACACCGCCACAGUAGCCGACCAGAGUUGUUGUCAUUCAAUUUCGUUUAGACACUUCCAAGAUCAAAAGACGCAAUGCAAUCGAACAUGAAGGAAGUAUUUAGAAGGGUGCAUAACGUCUUUCUUAAGGUAAUGCUCUUUCCAAGCACUUUCGGCAGAACGGGACCCCGUCCCACCGCCUCAGAGGUGCUGGACUGCCACCUCACGCAGCGGGGUCUGCCCCCCUGGACCUCCUUCUGUGUCCCCUACAGCGCCGUAGAAAACGACCAGUUCGGACUGUCCAACUUCAACUGGAGUGUCUCUGGAACUAACUAUCAAAUACUCAGAACAGGCUGCUUCCCUUUUAUCAAAUAUCAUUGCUCAAAGGCACCCCACCAGAACCUGGAUAUAGAAGACACGUUCUUUACCAUCCUGAAAGUCAUCAAUCUAGGUGUCCCCUGUGUAGCCUAUGGCGUGGGCUGCUGGCUGGUGGUGGGGGCUUCUGAAACAGUGCAGACGAGUGUUGGGAAGGUAACGGUCUAUUUUGCAUACAAAGAAGAUGGAGCUCAGUACUGAAGCAAGAAUGCAUCAAAUGGGACAAAGAGAACUACACUAUUCAAAAUAUACUGUGAGAAUGUAAAGUUUUUUUUCUGUUGCUAUCCAAAUGUCAGUAUUCAGUGCUUAUGCUUUCUUCAGUUUGGCAGUAUUGUACAUUUUAUUAAUAAAUCGUAUUUAAUAUGAAAAAAUGCAAUUGGGCCUAUUG